CCCCUCGCUUUGCGGAGUUGAGAGUUGGUUGGUGCCUGUGAUCUCCGCGCAAACCCUUCGCUGCAAAAGCAAAAUCGACUCCCCUCGAAGGGAAAAGGCCGUCCAAGGGAAGCCAGCCAUGGGCAUAGAGGCCUGGUACAUGGACGACUCGGACGAUGACCAGCGGAAGCUGCACAAGCGGCAGCCCAACACAGCCGUCACCCUGCAGGAACUGGAGAAACUCGGUGUGUUGUACUGGAAGUUGGAUCCUGAUAAAUCGGAGGAUGAUUCGGAGCUGCAGAAAAUCCGUAAAGAGCGGAAUUACUCCUGGAUGGAUAUAGUAAAUCUACACAAAGAUACAAUGCCAAACUAUGAGGAAAAGAUCAAGUCCUUUUACCAGGAGCACAUUCAUCUGGAUGAAGAGAUUCGUUACAUCCUAGCAGGGAGUGGAUACUUCGAUGUGCGAGAUAAAGAUGACAAAUGGAUCCGAAUUGCCAUGAAGAAGGGAGACAUGAUAACUCUUCCUGCGGGCAUUUAUCAUCGAUUCACGUUGGAUGAGAAUAAUUAUGUGAAAGCUAUGAGACUAUUUGUUGGUGAACCAGUUUGGACUCCACAUUAUCGCCCAGCUGAUGAAUUUGAAGCUCGCAAGAAAUAUGUUCAAUUUCUUAAUGAAGGAUUUUGAAUUCUACAUGGUAGCAGAGAAAUACAUGUUAUUUUAUAAUUUGAAAUCAUGCAACUCAACGAUAACUGAAGAACAUGUUACCGGAACUCAUUUUGAUGCUUUUCAGGCAUUGCUGACAAGUCCUUCAACACUAAUGAGUUUAGAAAUUUAAAUUUCAUGACAGAAGAAAUAACUGGCUUUGUUAAAAAUUAACUGUGGGGGGAACAUCCUCAUGAUUUUUCACUGUGAGCCCAGAUUGCUUAGUUUAAUGUACUUCAUAUUUGCUUUGAUUUUUAUUUUGGGUGUUCCACAUUGGUAAAUGUCUUUUUCAAUAUAUUGACUUAAUAUCAGCAACCACUACUUUUUCAAUAAUAAUGGGUAUCGUAGUAUGACAUUGAUAGAACGUUAGUUCAAAUCCCACCAUGCCAUCUGUGAAUUUACAUUCUGUUAAUAGAUCAAAUAAAUAUUUAUAUAAGCGAA